AUGGUUUUUAAAUUUGAUUUAACAUGUUUAUCCGGAUUAACUUCGUCAGGAAAACUUCAACCGAGAGUUGUCUGUGUAUCGGUGUCUGAAGAUUCCAACUAUGUCCCCAGUUUGCCAGGAGAACUUAUUUUGCUAAGUAAGCGGUCACUAGUCCAGUCUUUCCCUUCUUUAUAUUUCCAGGUGUGCAUUUCAAUUCCAAAAACGUCUUUGGUUUCGCAUGAGAACAUCAUGUAA